GUCCAGCCAAGGAGAGUGCAGCAAGCAGGCUUGUUUGGGUCGAGGUUGCCUAGGGAAGCGGAGCACUUAAGUGCCUCUUCUUUCCCUUCUCCAGCCUCCUCUACAGUGGUGAGGUCACACCCCUUGGAACCCUCCCUCUUCCCACCCCUCCCGCUCCCGGGUCUCCUUUGGCCUGGGGUAACCCGAGGUGCAGAGGACCGAGAAUGAGGCGAUUGCGGAGGAUGGAGAAAUAGCCCCAGGUCCGGUGGAAAAUGAGGCCGGCGGACCUGCUGCAGCUGGUGCUGCUGCUCUCCCUGCCCAGGGGCCUGGGCGGAAAGGGGUGUUCGUCUCCACGCUGCGAGUGCCGUCAGGAGGAGGACUUCAGAGUCACCUGCAAGGAUAUUCAACGCAUCCCCAGCUUACCGCCCAGUACGCAGACUCUGAGGCUUAUUGAGACUCACCUGAGAACCGUUCCAAGUCGUGCAUUUUCUAAUCUGCCCAAUAUUUCCAGAAUCUACAUAUCUAUAGACGCAACUCUGCAGCAGCUGGAAUCACACUCCUUCUACAAUUUGAGUAAAGUGACUCACAUAGAAAUUCGGAACGCCAGGAGCUUAGCUUACAUAGACCCUGAUGCCCUCAAAGAGCUCCCCCUCCUAAAGUUCCUUGGCAUUUUCAACACUGGACUUAAAAUGUUCCCUGACCUGACCAAAGUUUAUUCCAUUGACAUAUUCUUUAUACUUGAAAUCACAGACAACCCUUACCUGACAUCAAUCCCUGUGAAUGCUUUUCAGGGACUAUGCAAUGAAACUUUGACACUGAAGCUAUACAACAAUGGCUUCACUUCAAUCCAAGGACAUGCUUUCAAUGGGACAAGGCUGGAUGCUGUUUACCUAAACAAGAAUAAAUACCUGACAGUUAUUGACAAAGAUGCAUUUGGAGGAGUAUACAGUGGACCAACCUUGCUGGACGUGUCUCAUACCAGUGUCACUGCCCUUCCAUCCAAAGGCCUGGAGCACCUGAAGGAACUGAUAGCAAGAAACACUUGGACUCUUAAGAAACUUCCACUUUCCUUGAGUUUCCUUCACCUUACACGGGCUGACCUUUCUUAUCCAAGCCACUGCUGUGCUUUUAAGAAUCAGAAGAAAAUCAGAGGAAUCCUUGAGUCUUUGAUGUGUAAUGAGAGCAAUAUGCAGAGCUUGCGCCAGAGAAAAUCUGUGAAUGCCUUGAAUAGCGCCUUCUACCAGGAAUAUGAAGAGAAUCUGGGUGACAACAGGGUUGGGUACAAGGAAAAGUCCAAGUUCCAGGAUACUCCUAGCAACGCUCAUUAUUAUGUCUUCUUUGAAGAACAAGAGGAUGAGAUCAUUGGUUUUGGCCAGGAACUCAAAAACCCCCAGGAAGACACCCUACAAGCUUUUGAUAGCCAUUAUGACUACACCGUGUGUGGGAACAAUGAAGACAUGGUGUGUACCCCUAAGUCGGAUGAGUUCAACCCGUGCGAAGACAUAAUGGGCUACAGCUUCCUGAGAAUUGUGGUGUGGUUUGUUAGUCUGCUGGCUCUCCUGGGCAAUGUCUUUGUUCUGCUUAUUCUCCUCACUAGCCACUACAAACUGAAUGUCCCCCGCUUUCUCAUGUGCAACCUGGCCUUUGCGGACUUCUGCAUGGGGAUGUACCUACUCCUCAUCGCCUCUGUAGACCUCUACACUCACUCUGAGUACUACAACCAUGCCAUUGACUGGCAGACAGGCCCUGGGUGCAACACAGCUGGUUUCUUCACUGUCUUUGCAAGCGAGCUGUCUGUGUACACACUGACGGUCAUCACCCUGGAGCGCUGGUAUGCCAUCACCUUCGCCAUGCGCCUGGAUCGGAAGAUCCGCCUCAGGCACGCUUGUGCCAUCAUGUUUGGGGGCUGGGUUUGCUGCUUCCUUCUUGCCCUGCUCCCUUUGGUGGGAAUAAGUAGCUAUGCCAAAGUCAGCAUCUGCCUGCCCAUGGACACGGAGACCCCUCUGGCUUUGGCAUAUAUUGUUUUUGUUCUUACACUCAACAUAGUUGCCUUCAUCAUUGUCUGCUCCUGUUACGUGAAGAUCUACAUCACAGUCCGAAAUCCGCAGUACAACCCAGUGGACAAAGAUACCAAAAUUGCCAAGAGGAUGGCUGUGUUGAUCUUCACUGACUUCAUGUGCAUGGCCCCAAUCUCGUUCUACGCUCUGUCAGCAAUUCUGAACAAGCCUCUCAUCACCGUUAGCAACUCCAAAAUCUUGCUGGUCCUCUUCUAUCCACUUAACUCCUGUGCCAAUCCAUUCCUCUAUGCCAUUUUCACCAAGACCUUCCAGAGGGAUGUGUUCAUCUUACUCAGCAAGUUUGGCAUCUGUAAACGCCAGGCUCAGGCAUACCGGGGGCAGAGGGUUCCUCCAAAGAACAGCACUGAUGUUCGGGUUCAAAAGGUUACCCAGGACAUGAGGCAGAGUCUCCCCAACAUGCAAGAUGUCUAUGAACUGCUUGAAAGCUCCCAUCUAACCCCAAAGAAGAGGGGCCAAAUCUCGGAAGAGUAUAUGCAAACAGUUUUGUAAGUUGACACUACACUACACACAAUGGUGGGGGAACUUAUAAAAGAAUCGUUUUUUAAAUAUGCAUUCCAAUCCCAUGACACCCCCAACACCCAGCUGCCCUCACUCUUGUGCAGGUAGUAUUUCAAUGUUUCAUGGGGCAAGAGUUUAUCUCUGGAGAGUGAUUAGUAUCAACCUAAUCAUUGUCUCCAAGAAGGAAGUUAGGCUACCAGAAUAUUUGAAUCCCAACGAAAACAAAAUAAUCUUCUUUCUAGAAGACUUUCUUGAUGUUAAGUCCAGAGAUGACAUUGUGUAGGAUGUUCAGUAAAUAUUAGCUGAGCCAUGUCAAUAUAGAGCUUCUCAGUUUUGUAUAGCAUUUCAUACUAAAGAUUCAGCAAAUGGAAAAUGCUAUUAAUUUGGUUAGUGACCACAAGAUAAAAUCAGUCCCAUGUUGGCUCAGUUCGACUUGAUGUUCUCUGAUACAAAGAGAAUUUGAUUUUCUUAAAACUGAAAAGCCAAACACAAUGAGCUGUCAUACAAGGAACAGCUAUUAUGAGACAUGAAGGAGGGAAAGAAUUAGCUUUGAGUUUUGUUUUGCUUUGUUUGUUUUUUAACUCAACCUAUUAAUCAUCUCUUCACAAGAAUCCACCUGAUGUGAUCCAGCUUUGAUGUGAUGCCUGGAAAAACUGGCAAGAUUUCAGCUUAUGUGGCCUAGCAAACUAAGAAUUGCUCUUCUUGGCCAGCCUCAUAGCAUAAAAGAUGUGAACUUUAGAAAGUCUUUCUAAGUAGCAAUAAGUGGGAAUUAUGGGCAGAGCACACUCAAUCCCCUGUUGAUUAAUUAAACAAGCUGCACACUAAAUAUGGUACUUCAGGCAAAUCACUUGGCCUCAGAAAUCUGUAGAAAUGAAGGAGUCCAAUAGCUUCUUCCAAUUUUAAAACUCUAGUAUAUCCCUUUCCAUUGAAACAUACAUUUCUAAGAUAAAGAGAAAGAAGAGCACUACGUAAGUAGAAUCUGUUUUUCCUUUUUUUUAGGGCUGCUGUCUCCUUCACCUUGGAACCUAAACAUAUGACCCUAGAAAUUUUUUCUUUGGUUCACUUUUGGUUAUGAUAUCCAAACCAAAAAUUCAAUUGAGUGACCAUAUUCAGCUGGAUCUGAAUCUCUCAUUUAAUUAUUAGAUCUACCCAGCUAUAAUUAGAAGGCCAAAAACAGAUGUGCGUUUAUAGAAAAGAAUAAAUGAUGGUUACAAAUUUUGGUUAUUUAGAGUUGCUACUUCACUAUGAAGAGUCACUUCAAAACACUUUGCUUUUCUUUAGGGAUCGGUUUUGCCGUUUCCA